AUGGCCACCCCUAAGACCAAGCACGACUGGGCCGACGACGAAGAUGUCGACGAGACCACCACCGACCUCCCCGCGCCCCAGACCAUCAGCAACAAGGACGGCACCAAGACCAUCAUCACCUUCCGUUACAACGAUCAGGGCCAGAAGGUGAAGACGACUCGCCGCAUCCGCUACACCACGCACACGGAAAAGGUGAACCCGCGCGUCGCCGAGCGCAAGACAUGGUCCAAGUUCGGCCUCAGCGCCAAGGAUCCCGCCGGUCCCGCCCCCGACACGACCUCCGUCGGUGAGAACAUCAUCUUCCGGCCUAGCACGAACUGGCGCAAGGAUGAGAAGGAGCAGGGCGAGGACCCCAACGCCCAGGCCAUGAAGGACAAGCUCAAGGACAAGAAGGUCAAGUGUCGUAUUUGCAACGGCGAGCAUUUCACAGCCCGCUGCCCUUACAAGGACACCAUGGCCCCGAUCGGCACCGAGACUGGCACGGCCGACGUUGCCGCCGGGAUGGGAGACGAGCCGGGAGCUGCUGCUGCUGCUGCUGGAGGCCCGGGGGCCAAGAAGGGAAGCUAUGUCCCGCCUGCGCUCAGAGCUGGCGCCGCUGGCGCUGCUGCCGGAGACAGGAUGGGCGGCAGCAAGUACGGCGAGCGAGACGACCUGGCUACCCUGCGUGUUACCAACGUUUCGGAGCUGGCGGAGGAGCAGGAGCUGCGCGACAUGUUCGAGCGAUUCGGUCGGGUCACUCGUGUGUUCUUGGCCAAGGACAGAGAGACGGGUCUGGCCAAGGGUUUCGCAUUCAUCAGCUUCGCAGACCGGAGCGAUGCCGUCAAGGCCUGCGCCAAGAUGGACGGUUUCGGUUUCAAGCACUUGAUUCUCAGAGUCGAGUUCGCCAAGAAGGCGAACUAA